ACACAACUCAUGUGUUGGUCUGGCUGGCGCGAUUAUAUAUCCCGUUGAUCUCCUCGUUAAUGUUCUUUUUGAUGGCUGCUAACGACAGCCUGUUAAUAUAACAGUGCCUUUUCCUCUCCCCUCUGCGUGUGGAGUUCUUUGUUGCGGCUGAGAUAGCUAACCUAGGUCUGUCGACGCACCAACUGCUUUCCAGCCUGCCUUCGUUCUGCAGGUAAUUGUAGAGCAUCAUGCCUCCGUUGCAAGGAGAGGUGUCUCUGUUGACACUCUUCGCCGAUAUUCAUUACUACUUUAGCCCACCCUCCAGCAGCCCCCCGCACCAUCGCUUUGAUAAGGGUUCCUAUGUCUACCUGUACCACAAUCCUCUACAUCAGAGGGGAAGGGUAGAGAUUGCAAACCAUGCUGGAACGCCACAUCAGGACGCUUUUGCUGGCAACCUAGAUACUGUCAAGAUAGAACAGACCUACAAGCAUCCUUGCCUAUUCACUAUCACGAUCGAUACCUUUCGGAGCAAGGGAGGAAGCGCGGCGUCGAGUCCGCAGCAAGACAUGUCUCAGUGGCACCUCCCCGCGCACGAUCCAAGAAACGAGGGGAAAUACAUGUACCGGUUGCAUACCGUGGAUAUCUAUUUCUGGACGCCCGACGAUGCUACCAUGUUUCUCGACUCUCUGAGGAGAUUUACUCAACCACACCAGCUCGCUAUUGUGGCCAACCCGACUCCUGCUCACUCGGAACACAAGUCGGACAUGCUGAAUCCUGUAGUCGCAAAGCUGGAGAAGGCAGCUAUAUCACAUUCAAGUCGAAGCCCAAGUAUCAGUACAACGCAAUCGUUCCCAGGUCCUCCGACGGCUCCUGCACCUACGUCCAGCCCUCCGGUUGCGGAUGCAUCUGUCAACUACACGCCAAUGGCCUAUAACCCCGCGGCGCCGGCUGCCCCCGAACCCGUGGCCCAUCGUGAGAAGACACCGCCUCCACCCGACGCCGCUGACGGUACGGGGCUGGGCACAGCAGCCAUGAACGAUCAACAUGCUUCACAGUAUGGGAAUCCGCUGCAAAGCUCUUUUGCACCGCAGUCGACAGCUGGCCAGCCGUAUAUCCCUGGACCUCCAUCACGAACGCAAACAUUCUCAGGCCCGCCCACACCUGGCAUCCAGCGGACGAAUACAACUGGUUCUCUCCCGCCUCCACCGCCGCAGAGUCCUCCUCAAGCACAACAGUAUCCUCAGUCUUUUGCACCCCCGCCAACUGCCCCUCCACCAAGCCAAUAUGACCAGAACGGUCCACCUCAGCCUGGCAUACAGCGACACUCCACGAUGCCUGUACCUCAGUACGCAAAUUACCCCCAUUCGCCUGGUUAUCCUCCUGUCCAGUCUCCCGGGGUUCCUGGAACGGCCGGACACCCGAUGCCAUCGCCGGGCUACGCUCCACAGCCGUACCAACCUCUUGCUUCUCCUGGACAUCCGCCACCAGGCGGCUAUACACAGUAUAAGUACGGAAGCACGACGCAACAGGCACCAGGGACAGAUCCAUAUAAUCCCAUGCACCAGCAAUUGUACAAGCCCACUGAGGACGAAGCCAGCGUUGCUGCGCACGGCGGGGAGCCUCCACAGGGGCAACGCAACUCGAACAUCGGGAAGCGAGCAGAGAAAGUGGAGAAGGGCGUUGGCCGCUUUUUGAAGAAGCUCGAUAAGAAGUUUUAAAAUUCUUUGUCUAUACACACUGUCGCAAAUAUGUAACUUAAAAUGCCGCCUUGGAAUUCGGAGGGACGGUCAUGGAUUAAUGAAAGAACUAUUGUAGCUCG